AUGGCGGGCGCUCCCGAAGAGGGUCGUCGCGCCGCCGCGGCCGCCUUGGUGAGCGGCGGCGCUCGCCAGCCGUCUGGCCCGGCGCCGACGCGGCCUGCGGUCAACCGGGACUUUGUGCCCAACAUGAUCAGCGGCGCCGCGCAGGCGGACGCGGCGGUGCUCGUCGUCGACGGCUCCAUAGGCGGCUUCGAGGCCGGCUUCGGGGACCCCUCCGCCCCCGCCUUUGCCACCGCCUCGCACGCGGCGCCGCCGGGCGUCGGGCAGACGCGGGAGCACGCGCAGCUGACGCGCAGCCUGGGGGUGGACCAGAUGGCGGUCGGGUGA